AAGGCUAUGGGUUUUACAAAGGAGAUUCACUUGGAGAAAGAUCGCUGGCAAGGGUACAUAAAAGAUUAUGAUGGAGGAAUCCUUAUGGAAUGCAAAAUUGAUCCGAAGCUUCCAUAUAUUGACUUGUCAACUAUGAUUCGCCGCCAGAGACAGGCAAUUGAUGAAAAGAUAAGAGAGCUCUCGAAUUGUCACAUUGUUUAUCCGGGGAUUGACUUUCAAAAGAAAGAAGCUGGUAUUCCUAAGAAACCUGUCAAAGUUGAGGACAUUCCUGGUUUGCGUAAGUUUUUCAUCAUCCUUCAUUUUUUUUCUUUUUAUCCUCUUUGGCUUCUAUUCUAGUUGUUUGUGGGGGAAAAAGUUAUUUUUACUCGUCAAAUAUUCAAUUUUCGAUAAGUUUGUUAUCCUCCAAAUUUAUAAAUGAUACUUUUCUGUAUGAUCAAUUAAAAACUACAGUUUUCUCUUUUUCGAGAAGGUCCAUUGAAUAGUAAGAAAUUAAUAAGGAAAUUUUCCUGUACUUCGGAAAUGUAUUUAGAAGCCUGCAGUGGGGUCCAUCCUAUGUCUUAUGGAAUUUUCUUCCAACAUUUUCUCUAGUUGAAUAAUUGUUGGUCAUUUAAUCUUCUAGACAAAGUUCAGAUGCGGGGAAUCUAUUUGAUGAGUUCCUCUUAAUUUGUUUUUGUGCAUACCAAUUGUUUGUUUAAUCUGAUUUCUAUGCUCAUGGAUGAUGAGGGGAGGGGAGGACAUUCUCAAGAAAACUUUAAUCUGAUUUCUAUGCUCAUGGAUGAUGAAGAGCUGGAGGGGAGAGAAUUACAAGCAGUAUCAAAUAGACCAGGGUGUUCUGGUCAUUUUACUACUGGACUUCAAGAUCUGUUGGUAAAGUUUCCACCAAAUUCUGUAAAGAUGAAGCAACCUUUUAGUAUGCAACCUUGGGAUUCAUCUCCAGAGAUUGUCAAGAAGCUUUUUAAGGUUUUCCAUUUCCUCUAUACUUACUCUCUUGUCAUUGAUGUCUGCCCAUUCACCCUUGAUGAGUUUGCCCAAGCAUUUCAUGACAAGCUAAGCAAAUGGACUCACAACAAAGACAAGUGCACAAAUGAUGAUGAAUUGAAGGAUGGAGCAAGUUUCAUGCAUGGUUUACUUUUGUGUAUCUUGUAAUGGUUCUGUUUUUCAUUUUUGAAGUAAAAAAUGUUCAAAAACUUUAUUAUGCUAGGCUUUCAAACUUAA